AUGUCAAAGUUGGAGCACCAUAUCAACGAAUUUGGUCAGCAACAGACAAGGCUCAAACAGCAGAUAACUGAUCUCACGGAACAGAGAUCUAAUCUCGAAAAUGCCAUCGAUCAACUAAAAGAGCAGGAAUCAAAGCUUCUGGAGACCGUCGACAACCUCCGUCAAGGAAUAGAAAUUGACCAGAACGUCAACGAUCACACACAGCAUGUAGAAAGUCUAAAGGUGACCAUCGAACAACUUGAGCAGCAAAAGGCGGAGCUCCAUAAAAUUAUCAAUGAACGCCGACAGGAAAUUUUGGAGCUCAGGGAGAACUUCGACCAUCGUGGACAGAAAAUAAUAGAAUUUGAGCAAUAUAUUGAUGAAUGUGAUCAGAAACAGAUAAAACUCGAACAGGAAAUCAAGCAAGUCAAUCAGAACCAGCUAGGGCUUGAUCAGAAUAUCGUUCACGACAGACAGCUAGUUGCAAAUCUUGAAGAGAAGAUUGAUCAACUUAAACGGCAAGAAAUAGACCUUGAAAAGAGCGUGGAUCAGCGUGGGGGGCAACAGCUCCAGCUUGAGAAGAACAUCGAAAAUCUCAAAGAAGAACUCGAUAUUCUAGAAACAGCACGAAAAGAAUUGUCGCAGAUGACAAUUCAGUUCUUGUUACCAAUCUGGGAACAUCAACAAUCUGAGUUCCUGUAUGGAAACGUUAAGCCUUCGAAACUUGUGGAAAAGGUGGCGGAUGAAUACCUUAAAAGCGGGUUUGCUCUCUUUGAUGGUCAUAACCAGGCACUUUCCCCUCAGAACUGUUUUCAAGCAGCAAUAAAUUCUACCGAAUCGCCGAAUAAAAUCUUCCUUAAACGCCACCGGGAAGCCAAGACGGAUAACAAUGCCUUCCUUAAGCGCCGCCGAGACGCCGAUACGGAAAACGAUGUCAGGACCAAUUUAGACGACGAAGAUUAUACGAAGGCCGAAAACAGGAAGACACCUAGGAGGUGA